AUGUAUUAGCAAAGUUAACUAAUUAACCGUCGGCCAAAUAUGAGAUAAUUAACUGGUAGGGCAAGAGACAUCUAAGAUGAUGAUGAUGAUGAUCCUGGUAUUUCAAGUUUUGCAAGAAGUAAAGUUGAUGAUGAUGAUGAGAAAUUCAAAAAUCAAAAUAGUGAUCCAGAUUUUCUGGAUAGUCUUUUAAGAAAGAAGAGUAGAAAUGAUUCAAAAGUGGAUAAAGUAUAUUUAAAGAGUAUUAUUAAAGUCGAACAAUAGUUCAAUAAUACCAAGUACACCUCCACCUUAAAGUACAAGUAAAAAGAGUGAUUAAGAGAUAUCAAAUACUGAUCCUAAGAAAGGAUAAGCAUAAACAUAAAAUAAUACUGGAAAUAAGAAUACACCAUCAUAAUAAUAAUAAUAAAAGUAAUAAUAAUAAUAACAAUAACAAACUCCUGCUAAACCUAAUACAACUCAACCAUUUUAAACACCAGAUCCUAAAUAAUAAUAAACAUAAUAAAAGACUCCUAUAUAAUAACCAUAAUAAACAAAGACACCUUAAUAAUAAUAACCUUAACAAUCAUAACCUUAAUAAUCAUAAACUCCCUAAUAAACUAAAAUACCUUAACAAACAAAAACUUCUUAAUAAUAACCUGCAUAAUCACAAACUCCAGUUACUAAUAAAGCAUAAUAAAACUAAAAGUAAACACCUGCUCCUCCAUCUAAAGAUAUUAUUGAUCCUACUAAAUCAAUUUCAAAUAAGCCAUCAGCUAAAAAAGAUGAACAAAAAAAUUAAUAACCUCCAACAAGUAAAUUUGAUCAGCAACCUUCAAAAGUUGAAUAACCUAAUAAAAAUGAAUAACCGCCUAAGAAUGAUUAAUAAUCCUAAAAAAUAAAUUAAGAGAAAUAAUAAUAACCUUAAUAAAAUAGAAUUGAUUAAGAUAAUUAAUAAAAUUAAUAACCACCAUAAGUAUCUGAAAAUAGACCUAAUUUUGUUAGAAGAGGAAAGAAUACUUAAGCUGUUAAAGAUAUUGUUAAAAAUAUUAAAAUAAUACCUGAAGAUAGAAUAAUAGCUUUAGAACCUAAAAAUAAUAUUGAAGUAAGUAAAAAAUUAUCAUUAAAAUUUGCACCUUAAAAAGAGUAUAUAGAUCCAACCUUUCCUCCUAAUGAUCUUUAGGUAUUUUAAGUAUUUGGACAUGGUUAAGUGGAUUUUAAAAGAUUUAAUCUUGGAAGAGAAUAAGACACUCAUUAAGUAGUAGAUCCAAAUGAUAUUGUACCUGGAUAAUAAUCAGGAACUCUUAUGUAAGUUUUAGCAGCCAUUGCAGAAUAACCAUAAUUAAUCACUAGAAUUAUGGAAGAUUAAAUUAUAAAUUAAUUUGGAUUUUAUUAUGCUCGUUUAUGUAUUGCAGGAGUAUGGAAAUAUAUAUUAGUAGAUGAUUUACUUGGUUAUUUUAAGGGAUAACCUGUGGGAUCAACAACCACUGUUGAUAAUAAUAAAUUAAAGUAUUAUUAUUUAUAUUCAAUAUUUUAGAUAAUUAUAAAAAUCUAAUCCAGGUUUUUAAUCUGAAAUAUGGCCAUUUAUUAUUGAAAAGGCAUUUGCUAAAGAAUAUGGAAGUUAUGAAGAUGCAUUUAAAAAUGCUACUGUUGCUGAUUUUCUAUAAGAAACUACAGGAGCACCAACAUCUGUUCAAUAAAUCAAUGAAAAUUUAUUAAAAUCUCUUACUUAAAGUGAUAUUGCUUUAGUUCAUUUAUCAGAUGGAAUUUAUACAUAUUUAAAUUAAGAUGGUAAAGAUAUUACUUUACGUAAUCCAUGGGGUUGGAAUAAUAAUCUACCUAAUAAUACUUAACCUGAAGGAGAAUUCAAAAUACCUAUCAAAAAUAUUAUUGGUAAAUAAAUAACUAUUGCUAAAUAUGUUCCUAAUUAUUAUCAUGUCAGUUAUAAUUUAAAAGCAAAUAAUGAUGCCUAUUCAUCUUUUUAUUUAGAUGUACAAUAAAAUACUGUUGCUACCUUUAGAUUACAUUAAAGAGAUGAAAGAUACUUUAGAAAUAAUAUCUCCAAAAAAUAUGAUUAUUCUUAUGCUAGAUUAUUAGUUUUUGAUGCACAAUAAUAAUUAAUUGCAUAAGAUUAUGGAUAAUUUAAAACUCUAAUUGUUAAUGUUAAUUUAUAAAGAGGAAAAUAUACUAUUGUGAUCCUUUUAGAUUUCUUAAAUGAAUAAUUAUAUGAUAGUACUUUAACAUUCUAUGGAAAUUAAUCUAUUGAAAUCAAUAGAAUUAAUUAUAGAUCACAACCUAAUUUAUUAGCUUAAUUAUAUACACAAGAAGCAAUCAAUAAGGGAUAAAAAAAAUAAAAUGGAUAAGUUGAUGAAUUUACCUAUGUUUCUGAUAAUAAAUUAACAAUAAUUGCUUGGAAAUAUAAUGGAGACUAAUUAAAUAAAUGGAACAAAGACUUAAGUAAAUAGACAAAUAAAAACAAUAUGAAACCGAUAACAUUUGUAAAUUAAGCAGACAUAUAAUAAUUAAAAGUACUCACAACUGAGUAGAUUAAACAGUUGAAAUUGAGUAGUUGGUAGAAUGCUACAUCAUUUAAUAUUGAAUUCACUUAAUAAAACAACACUUAUGCAGUUGUAUUCAAGUGA